AUGCUGUUCUCAGUGCUUUCAACCCUGCUGAGCGUGCCGUUUGUGGUGCAAGCCAGCCCCUUCUCGAGCCGGCAUUAUGAGGCAACACAUGACACCUCGACGCAAUGGUCCGGCUGGGGCGGGAACAGCAACAACAACAGAUGGGCCGCACAAAACAACAACAUUUCGUCCAGCAACAUUCUUUCCGCCGCCGAUCACUGCAACUUGAGCUUUCCCAUCGGGGUCAGUGCCACUCCAGUGAUCCUCGAGGACAUCGCGUACUUCCCCACUUGGGAAGGGUCGUUCGUCGCGCUGAACUUCCACACAUGUGAGACCGUAUGGAAAAUCAACGUGACGUCAAUCGUCGAAGGCUUUGCCCCAGUAUCAGAGUUCCAGGCUGAGACUACCCGGCCGGUGUCGCGAACAAGUCCGCAAAUCGACGGGAACACCCUAUACUUUGGCACUUUGACGCAUGCCUUGAUCGUGGCCGUGGACAAGCGCAACGGGACCACCCUCGGCGUCGUUCAGAUCGACGCCACCCCAGUGGCAGUCAUCACCAUGUCUCCGACGUUCUUUGAUGGGAAACUCUUCGUUGGGACUGCCAGCGUCGAGACAAGCGUGACCCGGCGCCCCGGGUAUCAGUGCUGCUCCUUCGUGGGAAAUAUGGUUGCCCUGACCUUCGACUCUGCAACGGGAGACUUCAGCGUCGCGUGGAGGGUAGCCACAAUUACCGACGCCCGCCAACAAGAAGGCUGGGCAGGUGCUGCGAUUUGGGGCAGUCAGCCAGCCAUCGACGCGGGUAAUCGUCAAGUGUUUGUGGGAACUGGCAACUCCUAUUCGGCUUCCAACGUCACCGUCAGUGUCAGCGGGAAGUCGCCCCUCCGAUAG